UUCCGCCCGGGGUUGUUACGUGAGCCACCUGACAGCUGAGUGCGCGUGCGCCCGAAAGCCCAGGCGCCCUUCGCCUCUUUCGGCGGGCAUGGCGCUGCUGUUGCUGCUGCUGUCUGGCCGGCGUUGCUGCGGCGGCGGCGGCUUGCUUUUAGGACUUCGCCGACCUCCUGUACCCGCUGCAUCCCUUCACCGGGCUUUACGCCCACCGGAGCCUCCCCCGUGGCCGGCCCUGAGACUUCCAGUGUGCCGUUUUUCUUCAAAAGCAAACUCAAACAAGCUUACCUCUGCUUUGGUUUCAAAAAUCAAAUACCUGAAUCAGAAGUAUGAAAGAUAUUUGGAAAGGAGAUUCCCACGUUUCUAUCAGCUGUAUUCAACAUUUUUAAAAGGCUUACAGGUUUUCUUUUCAGAAGCAAAAGAAAUAAGAAAAAUAAAGGCAGAUAUGUCAAAUAAAAACAUCCAGUUCCAUCAACUUCCAUACAGGGAAAUGGAGAGACUAAGACAGUUUCGCAGGGAUCUUAUUAAAGCCAUUCCUGUUGGGAUUCUCUCUCUUCCACCCUUCGCCAACUAUUUCGUUCUUUUGCUUAUGUAUUUAUUCCCAAGACAGCUCUUAAUACGCCACUUCUGGACUCCUAAACAACAAGCUGAGUUUCUGAACACUUACCACAAUAUGAGGAGGGAGGCAUAUACUGAAGUGAUUGAUGGACUAACACAUCUAUCUCACUUCCUAGAUGAUCCUCAGCUUCGCCAACGGAUGCUCUAUCUCUGCGAAAAGGUUCAGGAAGGAUUUCAUCCAGAUGUAACAGAACUUAAAGCUGUGAGGACUUUAUUUGUGGGGCAUCCCUUUGGUAUCCAACAACUCACGGUUCAGCAUGUGAAAGUUCUCAGUCGUGUUUUGUUCCUGACGCCUCGCCUGCCGUCUUUCUUCCUGAGAAAUCGCUUGAGGAGCCAUCUCUCUGAGCUGCAUUAUUUGGACCAAGCAAUGGUGAAGCUAGGAGUAAGCCAGCUGACUAAAGAAGAAGUGCAAGCAGCGUGCUAUACCCGUGGCUUGAAUUCCGUUCAUCUUGAUCCAGAUGAUUGUAGGGUUUGGUUGAACCAGUGGCUAUCACUCUCCUGUUCACUAAGAGAAUCCGCGGGGGAGGUUACAAAUGGUGAUCACGUGCAACUGUCAAGCACAGUUAUCAAGUGCCUGAAUUUUGAUCAUCUGACUGGGGAUGCUGCAACAGUCGUGUGAAAACCGGUCAUCAAUCACUUUUUCAGUGCUGUUAUAACUUCAAAUCAUAACUGAAUGGUUGUAAGUUUGAGGACUAUUUGUAUCCGUAUAUAUUGUCAGUGGAGUUCUUGGAAUGCUUUAUCUCAUCUUAUCUAGUCUCCAUUUAACUGUUUCAAUUUUGUGUGCAUAGUAUUUAAGAUGGAUCAUUAUAACAUUUAACUUGGGCUAGAUGAUAUCCUGCACUUUUGAGUGCUCUUCUGCUUUAGUUUAAUAAAUGACACAAAAUGAAAAUUUCAGUUUCCAUUUUUAAUAAAAUCUAAGGCUUCUGACCAGAUGAAAGUAUUCAAAGAUCAAAAUCCCAAGUGAAGAACCCAGUUAAGGAGAACUUAGCUUAUUUUGGUGUCUUUUAUGCCCUCCUAUCUCAUUAAUAUGUUCUCUGAUCAUUUGUCCCUGAUCUCCAUUUUUCUUCAUGUCUUAUUUAAUCUUAUAAUAGUGUUUUUUAAAAAAGGAAACUCGUUAUAUGUUCGAUUGCCAGUUUGACCCUAUGUUUUUGGAUAUGUGAUACUUUGUAUGGCAAUACAAACUCAAAAAAACAGAAGAAUUUCAGUCAUUUACACUCUUAAAAGUUGUUAAAGGAGAGGAGUAUACAACACAAAAAAUAAAGGUUGGCUGAAAAAUAAGAACUAAUACUUCUGUAGGCUUGGUUAUACAGAGGAUAAAAACUAGUCACAUUUUAUUUCUUGAAAUACAGUCCACAUUCUUGUUAAGGGAGGUAUAAAGUGGUUAAGUCUUUUUUAAAAAAUAGAUGUAAAUAAUUUAACUGUGAAAGGCAUCUAACUGAAAUAGUUUGAAGCAGUAUACCAGUAUCAUGAAGAAAAAAACUCAACCGUAGCUGAUCCCCACAAAAGUUUUAACUAAUUCAAAUAUACUACUUUGGGGGCAACAUGGGCCAUUUCUCUAUUUAAUGAGUAUCAAAUUGUGGUGGGAAUUUGUCAUGUCAGAAGUUGUGAUGCUGCUACAAAUAAAAGUUAAUAGAAACAAAUGGACCGAUGCAUUGCAAGGAGGCGGGGGGGGGGGAGGGGAAACAGAGAAGAUUGUUGUAAAUAGAAAAAUACCUAGACUGUAAUACCAGGAAAGAUGAGUGUCCUGGCAGUAAAAAUAGUGAAGUUCUUAACUGUAAAAACAUAGCAAAAUUAAAAUUGUGCUUAACCUUCUGAACCAAAAUAAUUUAUGUUUAAAAUGAAUGGGCUUUCUCAGAUUUAUUGAGGAUGCAGUAAAUGAAGCAGGUAAGUCUUGUUCUUCCUAAUCUUCCAGAAGGGGUCAUUCUAAACGGAGGUUGUCUCCUUCCCAUUUCUAUGUCAGAACAGCUGUUUGCAAUCAAAAUUAACAGUGUUAAAAUGUUUAUGAAUAUAAUCCAGUGCAAUAGAAAGCUAUUAUUUUUUCAGAUUCUGAGACGUCGCUCUUGGCACAUGCGAUGGUUUUACUUUCUACCAACUUUACUCCUUCCUCUAAGAGCUAACCGGAAACAACCCCUUCCUGGAUUAUUGAAUAUAUGUUGUAUAUUGACUUUUGGCUGAACCAGAAAGGGGAAUACAUUUUCUUUUCACUGACUCAAAAAAAAAAAAAAAAAGAAAAGAAAAGAGGGGAGGUGGGGGUGGAGAGGCAAGAAUGCAGCAGAAGAAACUCCAGUGAAUUUGUUAGUGUAGAGGUGACACUAGAAGAAACAUUGAAAAAUGAAUAAAAUUACCCCACUUUUGGGGGAAUUUUGAGAGAAGACCAUUGCUAAGCUAGCACAACAAAAUACCUCUGCAGUAUAUUUCACCAACUUUGCAUUUAAGCCUGGUUCAGUGAUGACCACACAGGCCCCUUUCUUGGAUUGUCAGAGUAUAAUGCAGGGUUGUUCAGACUUGUCAGUCCAAAGUCUUGUAGCUAAUGCUUGAAGCAAACUCUUCUGCUGGAAAGAAACAUCUACUCCUUCAAAUGGCUACAAUGAAGUUGGUUUCAUGUUAGCCAGGAAGCCGUGCAAAUAUAAAAAAGAAUGAAUAGUUGCAGAAUACACAUUCUGCAGAACACAAUGCAGCUUAUUUGCUAAAUGUACACUAUUACCACUUUCUAUGAUUUCAGUCUUGCCAGCUAAAGGGGAGGAGAUCCACAUGUCUUAAUGUUUGCUUCUUCCAUCCCUUUUGUCUUAAAAUGUUCCAGGGACUGUAUUUCUCUCCAGUUGCAAUUGUUAAGAAGGAAUAGGAUGGAAAUAUGAAAGAGGCCAGUAUUGAAGCCUCUCUCCAUUUGGCUGUAUUACCCACACCCACAGACACAUACAUAUCCCUUUUCUCCUUUUUGAUGCUGAUUUUGUAGGACUUAGUGGUAAAGGCCCAAGGCUGCAAAAGACUGGGAGGGCACAGCUGAGAUAGCACAGUUCACUCCUAUCAAAAGGGAAGACUCAAUCUUCUGUGGUCUCUCAGGAGCCAUAAGAUUGCAGGGUUGUUUUUUUGUUUUUGUUUUUAAUUAUGAAGCGUAGCAGACUUGAAAAAUCCUUUUGGGGGUGGGGUGGGAAGGAGAGGAUAAAAAAAAAAAAGACUGCAUGUUGUAUACCAGAAGCUGGUAUUCUGGAUGGAAUGUGUAAGCUGAGGAAGUCUCUAUUUGAGCUAAUCAUAAAAUGUGUGAGAAAUUUGUAUAUUACGUGUAUUUUAUUUGAAAGAUAAAUGUUUACCAUUAAAGAUGGCAAGAUGGCUAACAGUAAAAAAUGAUCAAUCUUUUAAUUGUGGAGUCUUGAAGUCAGUCUAUUAACAUAUCACUAUUAUGACUCCUCUUGAGUACCCGAGCUUGAGUAAUAAAUUACUGGAGCCACUAAA